UUUGCUCCAACUUUUUUAUUAUUAUUUUUAGACUGGCCUUUCUACGAAGACCUUUCUUUUUCUUUUGUGCAAUUUUUGCAAAUAGGGCCCUGUCUUUUAAUAGUUUAAGACCUCCGCAUAUCUGGGGUCUUUUCUUUUUACCCUUUUUUCUCUUUUUUCUUUCAUUAAUUUUCUUUUAUAUUUUUAUGCUUUUGGUGACUCCAAAUUUGUACCACUUUUGAAAUUCCAAAAAAAGCUUAUGCACAAUGACUACAACAGCAUCAAACAGCAGCGGUGAUGACAUUCACAGCGACAAAGAGACACAGUACCAGCAGCAGCAUACUCUCGCAGUCGAUAUUACUGACAUUACUGACAUUACUGACAUUACGGGCAUUACGGACAUUACGGACUCUAAACCUUCCGACUCUCCUCUGUCCCUAAAAGAGACCAAUUAUCCGGAGCCACUGGUGUUCGAGCCAAGCAAAGACAUCCGCGAGCUGUCGCAGGGAGGCGGCUUACAGAUGGCCUUGCAGACCCUAGUGGCAUCCAUAUUCACAGCAUUGGUACUGCUCAUGCCACUAACAAUUAUAUUCGCAUUUAUCUACGUCAGUUGGGCGCGCCUGCCACUGGCAGCAUACGUGGCGUUCUGCUACCUAGACCCGGCAGUGGACAAUGGAGUUGGUAGGCGUAUUCAGUGGGUGAGGCGGUUGGGCGUAUGGAAGUAUGUCAAUGCGUACUUCCCGGUGCGAAUAGUGCUAGAGAAAAAGCUGGAUCCUUCGCUCAACUAUAUUUUCGGUGUGUCUCCGCAUGGAAUUCUUUGUUUCUCCGGUCAGGUGGUCAUGGGUUCUCAGAAAAGCGGCUUGGAUGAGGCCUUGGCGGGGAUUACAGCUCACCCAGCGGCACUACACCAUGCGCUCAGGCUGCCUUUAUUCGGCGCAUACCUCCUUGCCAUCGGCGCCAUCUCGUCGUCGCGAAGGAGUAUUAGGAAAUGCCUGGCGAGUGGUAAAGGUCAAAGCGUUGGCAUUGUCAUUGGUGGUGCCAAGGAGAGCUUUUACACAAAUCGAGGUAGUCGUCGGGUCAUUUUAAAGAACCGCAAGGGAUUUGUGCGCGAAGCCAUUAUGGCCGGAGCACCGUUGGUUCCAACUUUUGUGUUUGGGGAGAACGACAUAUUCUUUCAGGUUGAGCACCCGGUGUUGCGUCGGUUGCAAGAGUGGUUGCAGUCUAAGAUGAUGUUUGCUUUGCCCGUGUUUUAUGGAAGAUUCGGGAUUGUUCCUCGUCGCACACCGUUGACUAGCGUUUUCGCCGCUCCUAUUUUUGUUGAGAAGAAUGCGAACCCUAGUCAUGAUGAGAUUAAUAAGGUGCACGCGGAGUACCUUGUUCAGCUGCAUCGACUGUAUAACCGCUUCAAACCAAUUUACGACCCGGAGGGUGGUGACUUAGUAAUUGUAUAAAAUAGCUACUCGGUUUUAUUUCUGUUAUGUUGUUUUGUAUUGGACAUUUAUGUAGACUACAUAUGUAUUUGGAAAUUUUAAAUAUAUAAUAUUUUAAA